AGACAGUAUGCUUUGAACACAUUUCUGAAACAAAGAUGAUCAAGGCUGUCGUUCUUCUCUUGGUUCUUGUCGUGGUCAUCCAGGGUGAGAAGCCACCCCAGGGGACAGAACUAUGUCAUCAUGUCCUCCAACAAGACUGUUCUACAUUUGAAGAGGAAGUGGUGUGUGGCUCAGAUGGAGUGACCUAUCAUAACAGCUGUGAGUUUGCAAAAGCAGAGUGCCAUGGGCAUGGACACAACCUACAUGCUGUGCAUAGUGGACCCUGUUAAUAAUUGUCCACAGAAUGAGCCUUAUC